AUGGCAUCGAUAUCCGAAGCCCGUUCGAACUUCAACCUGAAAGUUCUGCGGCGACAUGAUCCAUCAAUCGUUGGUAUCAUCGAAUCAGCCUCCUUCGUCGUCCUUUACAACUACAAUUCGGGCGAAUGGACCAAAACCGGUGUGGAAGGUCCACUUUUCCUCUUUCGUCGUCGACUGCCUCCUUACAAUGGUUUCUUUUUGAUGAAUCGCAAUGGGCUCGAGAACUUCAGUGCAGACGUUACACCAGAAGAUGACUUAGACAUUACACCAGAGUUUAUCAUUUACAGACCAGAGACGACAAACGAGGUGUAUGGUAUUUGGGUGUUCGAGCCGAAUCAGAGGAUGAGUGUGGGGGACAAGUUGUUGAAACUGCAACAGAUGACGGAAGGGCCGAGUGAGGAGGUGGUGAAGAAGGCAAUGGCGGGAGAUAAGGAGACGGUGGCUGCGGGAGCGAGUGGGGAUGGUAAAGGGCAAGCGACAGAGAAGGAGAAGCAGCAGCAGGACGGUGCAAAGGGUGGGAAAGGGAAGGCUAACGGGAAGCCGAAGAAAGGAGCAAAGGCUUCAGCGGUCGAGAAGAGCAGUGAUAGCAGCACAUCAGCAGCGGCGCCGGCAGUGGUAUCAGCGGGCGAGAAUGAAAUCGCAACGCAAAUCAGCCUUGAUGACUUGUUUGGUAGCGCUAUUGCGCCGGCACAACCAGAAGCGGAAGCAACAGACGUAGCACAGAACGAAGCAACGUCCAAGUCAACUGCUGAAGAGCAGCCUGCAUCAAACGAAACUUCCUUGCUCGACUCGCUCUUCCAGUCUGCUUCGCUGGACUCCGACCCAGCCCUCGCAGCUGCCGCCACUGAAUCAACCAAGUCCGCACCAUCUCCGCCCAAGUCUACGGACAACAACCACGCACAGAACCUCCUAUCACUCCUUGGCGUGAACAUAGCAAGCAAUGCACACGGAAGCGAUGAGGCUUCAAGACAAACACAAGCAUCAUCAAAAGAGCCACCCACAGAUAAAAAGGAGGAAAAGAUGGACGCUGGAGCACCGAAGAUGUCCGAUCUCAUCGAGGCGGGUAUCCGCGAUCGCAUUGGGUUGGGCGAUGACGGUCGGCCGUUGUCUAGAAGAGAGUUCGUUACAGAGCUGCUCAGCAUGGUUCAUACCAAUCCGGACUUUGUGAGUAAGCUUUACGGAGCUUAUGUUGCUCGUGUGUCGUAG